AUGAAGUGGGAGUCGUUUGAUGCCCUGAAUACCGUCCUGAUGACGUUCAAGGUCAAUCUUCAGCAGUUGGAAAAGUUGGGAGAAAACACUGAGAACUGGAUCACAAUUCUAGCAUUCAUGUUGUCGCAGAAGCUAGAUACAGCAACCCUUCGCCAAUGGGAAACUCAUCACAGUUCGAAGAACAUUCCUCAGUGUGAUGCUAUGACUGAUUUUCUGGAGAAACAUUGCGCAAUUCUGCAUUCUACGUCAUUGAAGCUAUCGGAUUCUGGUCCGAUUUUACGAAACACCGAACUGGGUUGGAUAGUUGCUGGAGAAAUACCUGAUAGUCUAGUCAUCACGCUUAGCGCUGUUACAGCCUCAGUCAGCACAGAAGAGAUUCACGAGCAGUUAGCACGCUUUUGGAAUUUGGAGUCAUGCCGAACGAAGAGCUGUCUCUCCGUCGAAGAAUCUACGUGUGAAUUGAUUUUCGAGCAGACGACAACGAGAGACGCUGAUGGAAAAUUUCGAGUGGUGCUGCUGAAGAAGCAGUUCAUGAUGAAACAUUUGGGAAAGUCAAAGGAGAUAGCAACCAAACGGUGCAUGGCCUUGGAGAGCCGUCUGACUGCAUAUCCAGAAAUGAAGGCUCUCUAUACUAAAUUUAUCCACGGGUAUUCUAUGAUGGGCCAUAUGCGAGAAGUACGUAAGGAGGAGGAAGAACUUAUAAACAGCUAUUAUUUGCCACACCAUGCAGUCAUCAAACCGGAUAGUACCACAACAAACCUCAGAGUUGUUUUUGACGCGUCAUGUGCUACAGAUUCUGGAGUUUCCCUGAACGACACACUGAUGGUAGGACCGGUGGUCCAAGACGAUUCGCUGUUAAUACUGCUUCAUUCCCGCCUCCAGAAGUACGCUAUAGUCAAUGACAUAGAGAAAAUGUAUCGAAUGAUCAACGUAGUCGAACAAGAUCGGCCAUUGCAAAGGAUUCUUCGGCGAGAGUCCGUUGAUCAGCCAAUUCGAACGUAUCAGUUGAGUACAGUGACUUACGGCACUUCGUUAGCGCCGUACUUAGCAACUCAAAGUCUGAAGAAGUGUGUCGAUGAAGGAGAACAGGCGUACCCUGCAGCAGCCCAGGUCGUAAAGCGCAAUUUCUAUGUCGAUGACAUGCUAACUGGUGCGAAAUCUGUCAAGGAAGGACAAAGCCUGUGUAGUGAUGUUUCGUCGUUACUCAGUUCUGCUGGCUUCAAUCUCCGGAAGUGGCACUCUAACCAGCCAGCAAUCUUGAAAGGUGAAGACCCUUGGACUAUUUUGGGAGCCAGCUACGGAUAA